AUGGCUGCUGAAGGCUCGAAUGAUCUGCCCGUGAGGCCCGCGGAGGCUAACCCCGCUAAGGCGGAUGCGAAGCAGUCGAACACCGACGCCCUCCCUGAUUUUAUCGUCGAGCGCAACAAUUUCUUCGAAGAACUGUGGCAGAAACAUCUCGAGGAGCUCAAAAACAAGCCGCACCCGGAUAUCAACAUUACUGUCGACCUCGGCAAUGGAACCACCACUACCGUUACGGCCAAAGCUUGGGAGACCACCCCCGCCAAACUCCUCAAGGAUCUUCCGAAAGAGUUGGGCGCCAAUGCUGUGAUCGGAAAGGUUGAUGGAGAGCUCUACGACUUGGGUCGAGUUUUGGAACACGAUUGCACAGUUGCCUACAUUCCUUUCGAUGACCCAGAGGGAAGGGAGGUGUUCUGGCAUUCUAGCGCACACUGCUUGGGUGAGGCUUGUGAAUGUCAGUAUGGAUGUCUUCUUUCGCAUGGUCCGCCUACACCCCAGGGUUUCUUCUAUGAUAUGGCCAUGCCGGACGGCCGUGUCGUCAACCAGAGUGACUGGCCGCCCCUCGAGAGCAAGUCGAACCGAAUCAUGAAAGAAAAGCAGAGCUUCGACCGACUGGAGGUUACAAAGGAGGAUCUUAGGAAGAUGUUUGCGUACAGCAAAUAUAAGCUACACUACAUCGACAAGCUGGUGACGGGUGAAAAGAGUACUGUAUACAGGUGCGGUACUCUUGUUGACCUGUGCAGGGGUCCUCACAUUCAGAGCACCGGCAAGAUCAAGAACUUUAAGAUCAUGCAGAACUCUUCCGCAUAUUUCCUCGGUGACCAAGCCAAUGACUCCUUGCAACGUAUCCGUGGUGUUGCCUUCCCCGACAAGCAGCGGUUCCAUGAGCACAUGAAAUUCCUCGAGGAGGCAGAGAAGCGUAACCACGUCAAAAUCGGCAAGGAACAGGAACUGUUCUUCUUCGACGAAGUCUCCCCCGGUUGCCCCUUCCUUCUGCCUAACGGAACCAAGAUUUUCAAUGCCCUUCAGUCUCUCCUGCGAUCGGAAUAUCGUAAGCGUGGCUACCAGGAGGUCCAGACCCCGAACAUGUACGAUGUCGGUAUCUGGAAGACAUCCGGUCAUUGGGCCCACUACAAGGACGACAUGUUCAAGCUCGACGUUGAGAAGAGGGAGUGGGCGCUCAAGCCUAUGAAUUGCCCUGGACACUUUGUGCUCUUCGGACACCGCGAGCGCAGUUACAGAGAGCUUCCGCUCAGAAUUGCAGACUUUGGUGUUUUGCACCGUAAUGAGGCUUCAGGUGCCUUGAGUGGUCUUACUCGUGUUCGUAAGUUCCAGCAGGACGACACUCACAUUUUCUGUACACAGGACCAGAUCACUUCGGAAAUUGAGGGCCUCUUCGAUUUCCUGCAGUCCAUCUAUGGCCUGUUCGGUUUCACCUUCAAGUUGAAGCUCUCUACCCGUCCUGAGAAGUAUCUGGGCGAGGUUGAGACGUGGAACUACGCCGAAGAGCAGUUGAAGAAGGCCAUGUCGAACUUCAAGGGUAGCGACUGGACCAUCGACGAGGGUGACGGCGCUUUCUAUGGACCGAAGAUCGAUAUCACCAUCGCUGAUGCCCUGAAGAGAGAAUUUCAGUGUGCCACCAUCCAGCUGGACUACCAAGCACCGAUCAACUUCAAGCUCGAGUACAUGUCUCACGAGAAGGCCCAGGCCGGUGCGGAAGAGGCGAAGGAGGGUGAGACCAAAUCCAACGAGCCUGGUCCUGGCCGUGCCCGUCCCGUCGUCAUCCACCGUGCCAUUAUUGGUUCCUUCGAGCGAUUCCUGGGCAUCCUGAUUGAGCACUUUGGUGGCAAGUGGCCCUUCUGGAUCAGCCCUCGCCAGAUUCUUAUUGUCCCCGUCAUGCCUGCCGUGAACGAUUACGUCGAGGAACUGCAGCAACUCCUGCGUGAUGACAAGCUGAACGUCGACAUUGACGUCAGCGGUAACACCAUGCAGAAGAAGAUCCGUACUGGACAAUUGGCUCAGUACAACUUCAUUUUCGUUGUCGGCGCCCAAGAAAAGGAGUCUCGCUCCGUCAACAUCCGUAACCGUGACGACCCGGCCACUCAGAAGCAGGGUGUUAUGAUUCCUCUUGAGGAAGCACGCACUAAGCUCCGGGCCCUACGGAAGGAGCGCCGAUUGGUGAACACUCUGUAA